GAGAGGCAGGAGCUCAGGCGGGGAGGCAGCAGGACCCCCUCGGCGAGACAAAGAGGCAACCAGGAGGCAGGACCGGGCUCAGGGGUAGACAGAAAGCCGGAGAGACCGCAUCCCUGGUGGAUGUGACAGCAUCUCUUUUUUUCCCAGCUGUUUCCUCCCCCUCAGCCAAUCCUCACUCCGUCUGUUUGUGAGUCUCAUCCCUCCUCCCCCGCCCUGGGCUGAUGGUCCCUGAGCAUCCCUGAGAGAGAGAGAGAGAAGGAGAGAGAGAGAAAGAGAGAGAGGGGGAGGAGAGAGAGAGAGAAAGAGAAGAGAGACAGGGCUGCGUCUGCUCGUCACGUCCGGAGACAUCCCAAUAUGAUCCUCCGGCUCCCAGUUCCGAGACCCCAGUGACGGGGUACCACCUCCGUACACCCCUCCCUCACUCCUCCUCUCCCCUUUUUUUCCCUUCUCUUCCCCCUCUCUAUCCUUUCUCCUUUCCUCUGCCCCCUUCCUCCAUUCUCUCAUCAUUCCCUGUAUCCCUCUACCUUAUCCCUCUCCAUCUAUCUACCCCUCCCCCCUCCAAGCCCCCCGGGAUUGCCUGCCUAGAGCUCCCCGACCCUCAUUUCUGUACACCCCCCUUGGAAUCCCAUUCAUCCCACACAGCAUGGGCUGCAUUGGAUCUCACAGCGCAGGCAGCGAUGGGGCGGCACUGGACUGGAAAGGGUUAAAGGAUGCGGACCAAGGGACCAUCGAGAACAGCUCAGUCCUGGGAAGCAGCACUCACAGACCAUCAAAUGAGGCCCAAAGCUUUUGUGGAGCAGUACUUUUCCUGCCAAAAAGUGCAACCAAAACCAAAAAGCAGACCCGAACAGACUUUUCCUGGGAUGGAAUCAAUCUUUCGAUGGAAGACACAACUUCGAUCCUUCCUCGGUUGAAGAGAAAUUCCAAUGCUUACGGAAUUGGUGCUCUUGCCAAAUCCUCUGUCAAAGGUGUCUCUCGAACGAUGAAGGAUAAGGUGACCAAGCCCACAGCUCUUGGCUCAGGACGAGUUGCUCACAUGAUAGAAUGGCAGAGUUGGGGUCAACCGCCACCGCCGUCCAGUGAAAGCGUCAGAAUUGAUAGCGACGCCUAUUCUGACCUGAGCGAUGGAGAGAAGGAGGCGCGGUUCUUGGCUGGUGUCAUGCAGCAAUUUGCUAUCUCUGAGGCAACGCUAAUGGCCUGGUCAUCGAUGGACGGGGAAGAGGAAAGCGUCAACUCGAACCAGGAGAGGCAGAGUGAAACUUACCAGGAGCUGCUGGAAAAUCAGGAUAACUUUGCACAGGCGCAUUCAGAAUGUUGGCCGCACUCUUACGUGUCCCAAGGACUGUACUGCCUCGGCUCCUCGGAGGCAUGGGCUAGCAGCGAGCAUUCUCUCACAGUGUCCCCAGCGCCCACAGGAGGAAUUGGCAUCAUAAACCCCGGGCCCGAGCUGGAAGAGAGACCGCUCGAGAAUAUCUGCGAGAUUGCCCCUCAGCUGCUGCACUCCAAAAUAUCCCCCUUAGAAGAAGAUGACGCCGUGUGUCACGAUUUGCAGUCCCUGUCUCCGGCCCGCGAGGAAUGCGACAGCCUCCCACACAGCCGGAAGGUGUCAGAUGUGGCAACGUCCGGGGUGCAGUCCGGCGAGGAGGAGGAAGAACGGGAAGGAGAGAACUAAGUCCAUCAGGUGGAACCGGGAGGAUGGAGAAAUGCUAGAGGAUUACGCGAGAGAGUGUCGCUGCACAAUGUGAGCCGGGGGUCAUUUAUCAAACUCUUCCACGCGACAAACUUUUUUUUUUUUUUUCUUCAAAUUAAUUUUUCAAAAUAAGGGGAAAA